CACCGGGUGGACGUCAUCAAUCAUCGAGCUGUUGGUUUGAAGCUUCCGCGAGCGGCCGGUAAGAUGGCGCCAGCUCGCCCAGGCAUCGAGGGAGAGGCACCCAGUUGAGCCGCGCUACUCGCGCUCGGCGUGCACGGUUUUUCGUCGUGUUGGUUUCUUUCGCCGCGAUGUUUAUUGCCCCGGACGUAUCGCCGAACGGCGACGCAAUGUUUGCCCGUGACGACGCCGCCGCGCCUUAACAUUCUCGCGGGACGCGUUAACGGGCGUCGCGCGCGAAUCGCGCGUGCAGUUUCGGCCGCCGUGAUCCGCUCGCGUUCUCCAAACCAAACCCCGAUUCUCGUUCUCCAUGUCGCACGUGCGUCCCGUCGGCCCGAGAUUGAUCCGCAACGAUAACGCAACGGGAAUGGGCUGUCCGCGGGCAACGGCGGCGCGUGACACGUCCGGUUUUUGACAGGGGUUUCCCCGGUUUGCGCCCGCAAACGCGGCCCCCCCGCGAGAACGGGCGAGCCCGGAUUCCCUGGAUUCCCCCGUUACCGCCUAGAAUUCGACGUCGAGACAGCGUCGCAUACCGUGCCGCAAUGCCGAUGGCAGCGAGAGGGGCCGCGAGCAGUGAUCCAUCUGUAAAAAUGUACAUAAGAGACGAGUAAGCAGCGGAAACUGUAAAUAUGCCGGCUUGAUUGCCCGUGCAAGAUGAGAUACAAUAAGCAAGAGCUGUUGACGCUGGCUACGCAGCCUUCGCAGAAAUUCGAGAAGGAGGGCAUCCUGUACGUGAGAGAGCGGCAGGAGGGCUUCUUUCGCAGGACGGAAAGUAAAAAACCCGACAACAAAAAUCAGAAAGGAAGGUCGCAUAAGAGCCUGCGAGAUCUCAAUUGCGUUACCGCCGGCGCGAGCAAAGUAAGUCUCGAACGAUGGUGCAGACUGCGAGGCAACCUUCUGUUCUAUUUCAAAUCGCGGGAGCAGUGGUCGGAGCCGCUGGGGGUGAUCAUACUGGAGCAGUGCACGGUCCGCGUGGAUCCGUCCAGCAGCCACGUCCCUUACGGAUUCAGCAUAGAGGGGAAAAAUGUUGCAGUUUUCGACGGAGGCUUGUUUCAACAGUUAGGCGCGAACACGGCCGAGGAACGGGACAGUUGGUUGCAGGCGCUGCAGCUGGCCAGCUACGAGUGCAUGCGGAGCCAGUUGCUGUCGUUGCGGCAGCGCAUCGAGGCCUUCAGCGGGCACAAGCACGACACCGACAUACAGAUGUUGCGGCUGCAGCGCGGCUCCUUCACAGAUCCGGCGGAAGUACCAAUAUGCGAGAUAUCGUUAGCCUGCGACAAUCUGUUGUGCGAUGGACACGGCCGACCACCCACUCCCGUUUUAGAGAUGGAUGUACAGUCGAAAUCUUCCAAAACUUGGAUUAAGUACGCACGUACGGAAGUCGUAGAGCGAAGUAGUAAUCCGAAUUUCUUAACUACGGUAAGCUUCCGAGCCAGCGACGGGUUAACCACUGAUACGAGAAUCAGGAUAACCGCAUACGAUGUCAGGGAGAGAGUCAGCCAGACUGCGACUCCGAUAGGAAGCGCGGUCGUGACGCUCAGUAUAGUGCAAGACACUCCUAGAUUAAGGAUACCAUUAAAAUCAGCGAAGACAACGACCGUCGGAUUUUUAACGAUUAAUGUGUGGAAUCUGGAAGCCGAGGAUAAAGGGAAUAGCACAGAGAGUACGCCAUCGCGAAACGCAGUAUAUAGCAGUAAUAAUCAACAACAAUUACCUUCGCACAGACGCUCGCAAUCGUUACCUCCGAGAUUAGGGACGAAAAUUAAGUUCCCGCAUCAAGGCCAGUUAAAGCUUCUCUUUGCAAAUCCAUUCGUGCAGACUUACAGAUUUCACUCCGGAUUAGGGGGUGAUAUAUGCGUACAUGAGAUUAUGGCGGAGAGCAAACUCUGUUUUCAAUUUCCGCAACAUUUACUGGGUAUCUGGAUACAGGAGGAAAAGGAGUUGUUGCAAGAGGUAGCUGGAAUGGGAGAACUGAGGGAGCCUUGGCACACGAAGCAAAUCGAAUUGCUCGAUCGUCAUCUUCACUUGUUACAUUUAUAUUCCCAAGCCAAAGAAAACUUAGCCGCCUACAAGGGGAGUUAUUUCAAGCAGUCGUCGCGAAAGAACGACCGCACUCUCGAAUUUGCGCCUUUAAAUUUACACCUUCAACGAAUGUGGGUUCACAACGACACGUUGAACAAAUGCGGAUUUUAUGACUUUAUUAGCGUAGGAGCUUUUACCGCCCAUUCCCAUAAGAGCAAAAACGGUGGACUCAUAAGAUUGGUGCAGGCACUAAAGGAGUCGCCCAUGCGAAGUAAUCAGCUCUAUCAGGGAACAUCCAAAAUUACGAUGGCGCAUGACGCGAUCCAAGCGAUCAAACAAUUACGCCGGGACGUCGUAGAGGCAAUGAGAUCCUUGAUGAAACUCGCCAAGGAGAAGCAAACGAGCGGCAUGUUGCCGAUAUGCGAGGACAUGAUAACGAAGACCAGGAUCUUACUUAGUCUAUGGGAUCCCGGCUUGGUAGAAGAGGCUUUAACGUUUUUAGAAGAGUACAAAGUCGCGAAGGUCCAGGACAACUCGACCGCGACCUCGUCUUCGGACGACACCUUGACACUGGACUUCAAGGUCAAUCAAUCCUUGUCACCGUUCAAACGAAUCACGCAGCAGCUCAACUUCGACUUGAAGAGUCCCGAUUUUGACGACUUCGUCACGCCCGACACUCCCGUGUGCGUGGAGGACAUCUGGACGAAGAACGGCAUCAGAAAUGGCGAGUACGCUUCCAUAGCGUACUCGAGAAACGAGGCGUCCAACAGUAACAUCGGCGAGGGCGAUGUUGCGGAAGAGAAUUUCGUAAUAUUUCCAGACGUGGAGGACGAUCCUAAGCAGGCGGAAGCGGACACCGACGAGAAUUCUCAGCGAUGUCACGACAACGAGAAAAAAGAAGGCUAUGACGACGAGAAGGAGGAUUUGAAGAACGACACUGAUCCGUGCAAGCGUUUCUUGGACACUCAGAAGAUGUGCAACUCGCCAUCCGCAAAUUAUUACAAGCCUACGGACGAGCCGGAGCCGUGGGAUCUCACUCAGUUGAAUAUCGAGGCGAGCGUUAUGUGCCUCGUAUCGAAGGUGAAAUUCCUCUGCGGUAGAUGCAGCAGUCCGGCUGUACGAUUACGUAACAAAGGUAGCAUGGGCAGAUCGCAGAGUCUAAAGGGUUGCUUGCCGAGCAAUCGGCACAAUGUUGAAGUUGUUACAAUUCAGCCGAAGAACGGUAUCAAGUGCGAGGAGUCGAACAAAUUGUUAGAAGAGUCGAACGAGCGGCAGCAGCUGAACUCCGGGUUGGAGAAACCGGCGUUCUCCAGGGCAAAGGAAGGUAUAACCGAUACUUAUCGUAACUCGUCUUCCAAUGAAGUGUGCCAAGCGGUCGAUUCCAUGACGCGCGUGAUCAAAAAUAAUUCGGGACAGAGAAACAAGUUUACCGAAGGCCUAGACUUCGCGUCGAUCGUCGACUGGACGAGCGAGCUUAGGCCGAGCAUGAAGAAGCUGCGGCAGGCCAUGGACGGCCUGCUGAAAACUGCCAGGCUCACGCACUCUGUAUUUCGCGUGCAGGAAGACUCGAAAACGGCACAGCGCGUGUGCAACGUUCGGUAUAGACGGGACGUUUGCUUCAGUCAAGCGCUAACUGCCUUAGUAACUGGCAUAAUGGCGAAACUAUGGUGCCAACGACCCGACCCAAUGUUUCUCCUAAUUCUCACGACCCUGGGACCAUUGGUUUCCUUCGAAGGCCUUCUUAGCUAUUACGGAGACGAGAUAGACAUGUGGGGCGACAUGGCCGUAGCGGUCGAGGACACGCACACCGUCACGUUCACUCUGUCCAGAUGCGGCAUUCAACGCAGGGUUGAGGGAAAGUCUAAUGCGUUCCAGCUCCCUGUGCCGCGCGUGGUAGGAUCGCGGAGUGCGCUGACGGUGAUACUCCCGGUUCCGGACGCGAUUUACUCUCUCUUGCCAUUAGUGCCCUCCUCGAGACAAACGUUGUCGUUCAAUGUGACCCCGGUGUUCUUCAACGUCGGUAUUAACGAGAUGGCUUCCUUAGCCGAGAGCCUCGGUACCACGAAACCGCAGGAGAAAAGCAAUAUGGACAAUUUCGAUAGAUUGAACGAAUAUUAUCUGAGAUUUAAGAAGCUGAAUCUACCGACGGAACCUACAUCUACACGUUUUGCCGCUAGGUCAAUUCUGGGCCACACAUUGUCGGACAUGAUAACCAAUUUAAAAACGUGCGUGCAAGAGAAGGUCAAUAAGAACGUAGAAAUUUUGCAAUUGUCCUCGCAAAUAUGCCGAAGGAUGCGCGGUUUGAGAUUUACCAGCUGCAAAAGCGCGAAAGAUCGGACCGGUAUGUCGAUCACUCUCGAACAAGUCAAUAUAUUAUCGUCGGAAUAUCACCUGGCUGAACACGAGUAUAUGAGGGCUCUCGACUGUAUGCGAAGCGAGGGAUGCCGCCGGGAGAACACGUGGAAGAACAUCGGUGUGCGCAAAUACGCGUUCAACAGCUUGCAGAUUCUGACGCUGCCCAGACUCUACCGACCGCCGACCGGCACGUACGGAUCUGCCCAGACUUAAGGAGGAAUCCAAUUAGCGUUAACGUACGCACAUUGCACGAAAUUAAGUUUGACUCUCUGGCUGUGUAAUCGCGGAUUAACUUCCGUAGUAUGUGCUAAGUAUGUAGUACUUGUUACAGAGUAGCAAAUACUGAACGCCGAGACGCGUUCAAGUGACGUAAUUCUUUAGAGAAUUUAUUGGGGACACGCGACUGGCACGUGUUAGGCAUACGAAAUGCCCCAAUCCAAGGGACGUAGCAAUAUUAUAACAAAAAGAAGGAACUUCUGCGUUCGCUUUAUAAUUUUAUUUUAUCUUGUUGAGAUUUUUUUAAUUUACGCGUUCUGAAAUUCGACUAAUUGUUGGUUGUAGGAAUUCCAUGUUUUAUUUCCGAGCACAAGAGCCUGUAGCUACGCUCCCCUCCCGAGAGCGGCAUUUAAGUGCAUUAUUGCCUGGAUUUGCAACGUAGUGCACGGGAAUUAACGCGAGCUCGGUGCCGCGAAAUAGUAAGCGGUAAAUUAUUUAAUUUAAUUAACGUAUUGUAAUGGGGCUGGCCGGAAUUGCAGGGUGAAUCGGAUUAUGAUAAAAACUCCCGGGCCGAUUCGUUUCGACUCGCUUUCGUAUCUUUCGAAGAUUCUUUCAGUAUCUGUUGCUUUCUGUUCCUAUAUGUAUGCUGUUUCUGUGGUGCAGAUCUUUCGAUCCAAUUCACCCUUCGCUCCAACCCGCGAUUGUUGGCGAGUUUUUGCAAUAUCGUACUUUCGGAUACCGUAAACGUUGAACUCGCGAGUUUGGUAUAUUUCGCAAAGGCUGCAAAUAAAUCAAUGCUUCGCCAAUCAUUUCCGUUGCAUCAUUGCACGUGUGAUUUUCAGCACGUUUAUCACAUUCAAUGUACGGUAUUGCAAAAGCUCUCUUUUGUAUCUAAUCGAAUCUAUCGUAUUCGUUGAAUCGAUUAUUCGCCUUCACUGGAAUAAUUAGCUCGGUGCCAUUUUCUGCCAUAUUAUUACUCGUGGAAUAUCCGAUAAUGUUAGCAUCGUCAGCAUCGAUUUCGCAGGAAUAUCGUGAGAUAUUCGUAUUCAGGAACGAAUGACAUUGUAUUUAACGGGAGAAUGUUAUUUUCACACGCGUCUGUGCGUGCGUGGGAAAUUUCCGUGUUAUAUUCAGCAUUUUGUCAUACAAAACGAAAACCAAACACAUAGACACGUAGCCGUACUUCCAUCACCCCAAUUGAAUAAUCUACUAACGCGUUACCAUAUCCGUAAAUAUAGACGGUAGACUCCGACAGGAGUUGGACAUUGUUUUCAAUAAAUUAUUAAUUUUACCCGAGA